UGUUUUUCUGAACGUAAAAUUUGCUAUGUUAUGCACUUGUAAGACGGAGACAACACAUGCGUGUAUUACGUCCUCUUAAAGUGUUUUGAAAUAAUUAGAUUUGUAUUGCGUUUCGUCUAUACAUGUGUACCUAUAUAUAAUAAGUAAUAAGUAAUAACUAAUGAAGUAACUACGACUGUACACACCAAUUAUUGUUGUACUUCAACACUGUUUUCUUACUUUUGAUAUUGUUUUACAGUUCAUAUAUUAUUUUAGUUUUUUCAAUUGUUUAGUUAAUAACACACAGGUAAUUACUAUCGAUAAAAAUAUAAUUUAAGAAUAAAAAAAAGCAUUUUUUUCAUUAUUUAACAGAUAGGAAGGUAAGUGAAAUAAAAAACGCGUUAGUUGUCGUUACAUGUUACUGUUUGAAUAAAUAUACAUUAUAAAUUAUAAUGUAUAGUAUAUUAUUCUUUAUUAUAAAACGAAGGUACAUUUAUAAUAUAACAUAUGUGUGUAUUGUAAUUUAGAACAAAUUGAGUCGACAAAAAAAAAAUAAUUAUAUGCCUGCUUGAAUAGUGAUACCAAUGUAAUAUCAGACUGUUUUGAAAAAAGAAACCAGACAAUUAGGUAUUCAUUAAAAUAUCAUUCUAAGGUGUUUCAGUUCUUGUCUGCGCGCGAAGGUCGUAAAUCAGACUCUUCUGACAGCCUGACACCACCAUCGUCCAUCGAUCAACACAUGUAUAAUAUAUAAUUAUGUAUAGAAAAAAAAAAUUAUAAAAUGUGAUCCUCUCAAAUCACGAUCGACCACAUACUCGUAGACACAGUUAUAAUAAUUAUUAUAAUAUAUUAUAAUAGGUACAACGCACAGUAUUUCGGAUUCGGACAAUGCGGUGUGACAUUCGAAUCGAAUAUAACAUAAUUAUUAAUUACGUUGGAAAUAUAAUAUUAUAUUGUGUUUACAAUUUCACAUAUUAUUAUAGGUAUUGCAUUGUAUUUUAUAAAACUAUAAUUACAUCGAUAAUUAAACUAUAAAAACGUGAUAAAGUAAAUAUUACAACUUAGAAGAAUAACGCAAUCUAUUUCAACGAUUAUUAUUGUUAAUUACUUUUCACAAAAAUAUUUUGUGAUCAAAUCUAAAAAAUAUAUAUAAUACACCUAAUUAAAUAAAUAAGUAACGACAUAACAAUAAAUAAUAGCAUUAAUAUAGGUACUAAAUAAUGUUGUCAAUUAAAUAAUUAGUAAUAGUUCGUUAAAAUGAAAAUCCAAAAGGACCAUCAUAUAAACUCUGCACCAGCUAAAACAAAUACAUAGGUACGUAAAAUAUUGUUUAAAAAAGUUAUUUACGUUUGUAUAGUGAACGGCAAAACUGGCCAUACGAGGCAAUAACGUUUUCAAAAUCAUUAAUUUAAUAUUUCUUGAAUUCUUGAUUAUUAGCUUUCUUAAACAUGUUUCAUUUUUUUUAAAUACAAAGCACUUCAUUAAUAUUAAGUACUUCACGAAACAUAUUAGGUACAAUACCAGCUUUACAAACAUAUUAAUUGUUUGUAUACACUAUGCAUAACCUAAUGUAUGAGAUUUGUACUUUGGCAAUAAGAAGAAUGGAUUGUAAAAUAUUAUGUAAUAUCAACGGCACAUCACGAUUGUCAUGUUACCUACACCUUUUUGUUUGCGGUUACUCCGUUGUUCCUUGUGUACCUGCCUACUAUAUUUUGGUUUACCCAUGGUAAUCUAUUGUUUCCUUCCUCCGAAAAUUGUUGGGGAAAUUGUUUUGUGCUUGACAACGGUUUGUUGUAUGGCUACGCCUAAGUGCCUUUAACUACCUAUGUAUAGGUACAAUUCAUAAACAUUGGACACAAAACCGGUGUAAGAUGUGUUCGGUCGGAACAACAAACAUAAACUCUACGACCAUAGCGACACAGUUAAGUGGUUAGCCUUCCUUCGACAUCCACGAUCCACCGAAUACGGUAAAAAAACUUUCAGUCUGUUCAACCGACGUCGACUUUACAACGUAAUAAUCUUCCGGUAGUUAGGCAAAAGAUAUCAUAUACAUUUAUUAUGUGGUAAAUAUAUGUAUAUAUAUGUUUACCACGCGUUCAAAAGAUCCAGCGAAAAUAAAAUAAAUAGACACAGUAGUAUAUACUGGUAAGGUAUAUGUGUGUGGUAAGGGUGUGAAGUGGGCCAUUUUCGUCGCGGACGAAGGCUGAAACUCGCGUUCAAGACUGAAAUUGCCAUCCCACACGAGCCACACGUAUUAUUUUUUGUCAUGUCUCUGCCACCUCCGAAGACGCCUCUAUCGACGUCCCACCACGGUAAUCCGCGAGUUUUCAUACCUAUCCACAAUAUUAAAAUUCACCUGUAAACUGUCUCGUAAAACAGCACUGCAGUAGUAGCUCAGUAUAGUAUAAUUAUCAGUAACACACUAGCUAUAUUAUAUUAUAAUAUUAGGUAUGUCGGACAAACUAUAUCGAUACUUGUUCGUGCGUAUUGAUUUUAUUAGGACACGCAGUAGCGUGAGAUUUCCAUUUCUCCACCCGGUGAUCGAAAAAUAAAACAUUUACCGUAGAAUGGAAAAUCUAACUCUCGAGGCAGGAAUAAAAAAAUGUGUAAGCCGUAGUGUAACCUAUCCUGGUGAAUACAAAAUAAAAGAUCAUUGCUCCAGCACAGGCGCAAUUCGCUGGGGAGGGGACUAAGGGACCUUAGCCCCCUUAAAAAAUAUACAGUUUUUUAGUCGUUUAGCAUAGAAACCUCCCCCCUCACGUUGAUGGUAAAAAUGCCCCCACUGAAAUUCUAAUGGAUUUCUGCCCAUGUGCUCCAGCUAGUGUACCCUGCACCGUGUAUCGCGCGUGCGCAUUAUAAGCAACGGGGUCGCCCUCGCACUGCAGCGGACGACGACGGUGACGACGUAUGCAUAACGCGUAUUACCUACACACACACACAUAUUGGCGAACGCGAAUUUAUCGAGCCGUACACAUUAAUAUUAAUUAAUAAUAAUCGUCGAACGCCCUACAUAUUAUUAUGUGCGGAGUGGCGGCGGCGGCGGACGUUCGCGUCGGACCGGUUUUCACCGUGACCUUAUAACAAACGACGCGCGCGGGUAGAGGCCGCCGCCACCGCCGCCGAAGAUAUCAGGUGCCGCCGCCGCUCGAUGAUAAUACUCGCUGGCGUGACGACGGUCCAGUCGUAUCGCAGAUUCCGUUACGGCGCCGACCACGACGUGUUGUUCGUAUUGUGACGUGCGUGUGCUUGUGUGCUCGUCGUGCGUGUUCUCGCGUGUGCGUGGUUCGUGCGCGUUUAAGGAAAAAAGACGCAUCCCCCGUCGUCAUGAUCGCGGCUGCGGCCGCCGCGGCGGCUGCGCACUGUUGCGACGGCGAAGAACUGCGCGUUCCCGGUUCGCCGCAACCGUACGCGCGCCGAGUUCGCGGAUCUUGGCGCGACUAUUUGGAACCACCGGACGACGGCGUCGAUAUCGUCAGCGAUCCGUACGUCUGCGACGACUCGUACGACUCGUACGACGACGACGACGACGAUGACGUAGACGAAGAGGAGGAAGACUCUUACGACGAUUCGUACGAUGACGACGAAGAAGAGGACGGAGACGAAGACUGUUCAUGCUGUUCGCUGUGUUCCUCGGGCAGCGGUCGUCGCCGCGAACGGGACACGCCGCCUACGUCGUUCCGAUCCUCCUCGUCGUCGUCCUCGUCGUCGUCCGCCGGUUCGUCCGCGGCUGCUAAAGCUGCAGCCAAUAUUUCGUCUUCGGCGCCGCCGCCGCCGCAGCCACCGACGCAUAGGCACCUGUCGCCAGUUUUCGAACCAUCCAUGCGUGGUUCGUGCAGGUGCAUACGGUGCCAAAAGCGCCGUUACUCGUUGGACUUUUUCAAGAGCUCCGACUUCAGGCGAGGUAUACCGUCUCCCAACGUGUACAUGAUCGACGAGCGGUCGUGCAAAAUGGUCCACGAUUACAUUCACGAUCGAGAUCUACAGAUUGGUCAUCGGCCGGCUAAUGUUGUCAAGGACAAAAAAUUGAACUUUGUCACAUGGGAACCGUACUUUUGUGUUCUACUGCAAGACGAACAGACAUUAACUGCAUAUAGAAGCGAGGAAUUAUCCAUAUUCCCCGGGACUGCGCUAAGGACAAUAACGCACGCUUUUAAGGUUGGUGCUUAUGGAAAUAAUAGAAUGUAUCUAUAGUUUUCUUUUUAAGGUACCUAGUCCGAGAUAAAUAGACAAUAUUUUUUACAAAAUAUACAGAUAAAUCAAUAAUUAAUAACUAUAGGCUAGAGUUUUUAUGCAUUAGAAAUUGGUAUGUUUUUUUCAACGUCCUUUUAAAUAUUUAGAUGAUACCUAAUGUUGGUUAGUAGAAUUGUCUAAUAUUGAUACAAAUUAUCUUUUUUUUAAUUUUGCAUAUUUUCGAAAAUGUUAAGUUUAAUGCAUGAAGCAUAUUAUUCAGGGGCGAUACUAGGAUUUAUUUUCGAACUACUAAAUUUGACGACUAUACAAUAUUAUAAUAAUUAUAAUAAUUUUAAAAAAUAUUACAAGGAACUUUAAUAGUAUAUUCAUUUUUUAAGCCUAUUUCAUAUUAUUGUAUAUUAAAUAUUUUAACUGUAAACAAAAAUAGGUAAGAUUAGAUGCCACAUCACAUCAUAUUAUGCUCCUAAUGAUUUCGCCCACAUAUAUAAAGUUAUUUUAUUCAAUUUAUUUUUAAAUUAAGUAUAAUAUGUUUGAGUAUUGAUUCCCUUUCACUUAAUGAUA